GUAUUGCAGGAACAAUUGGGCUCCCCACAGUUGCUCUCCUCUGGACAGGGAAACUGAGGUGGAGGCAAAUGUGGCGACUUGCGCAAGGUCGAAAUGCAAAGGUUGACGGUCCUGGUCCAGGAACGCGACCCAGAUAUCUGCUGGCAUUGUGGGACCGCUUCAGGGCUGCCGAACGCCAACUUGCUUCGUGUGUUCUGGGCAGGUCCGGGGCAGGUGGCAGCUCUGUGACCUACCAUCAUGGAUGGAGACGGACUUUUUGAUGAAGAACCCAGAACGGUCGGUGCCAGCCAGGGCGAUUUGGCUGUCAAAGGCUUUGACAAAACCUGCCCCGUUCUCUUUGGGGAAUCCGAAUGAGGGAGAUUACAGGCACCUUCACUGGGAAGCCAAGGACAUUUCUGUAUAAUCAGUGGAUGAAAGGAUUUUCUCAGACUCUUCUUUUCCCUUUGCUUGAGGGAUUAAUCCACAGCAGUCCUCACUUGCAGUGGAAACCUCAAGACACACAAUGUGGCAGAAGCCUAGAAAGCCUUCGGAAUUGUUCUGGACCCUUCUUUUGGCAUAGGGGAGUUUAACGCAUGCCACACACCGCCCCUCCCCCCAACUCCUGCCUGCUGUUUUCUUCUCUUUAACCUGUUUUCAUUUUCUUAGUUAAGUUCUGUUUCCAAAACUGCCUUCCAGAGCUGUAAAUGCAUUGUCAGAAAUGAGAGAUUAAGUGCUGGGAGAAGAGGAAGCGCCCGUGUUGUGUCUCCUCUCUGCUGCCGACAUGAAGUGCUUUUCCCCAGUGCUGAGCUAUCUGGCUGUGCUGGGUAUUGUGUCAGCCCAGCGGCAGGUUGGUGUCCAGGAAGGACCCUUGUACCGCAUGGAGGGCUCCCACAUCACCAUCUGGUGCAACGUGAGUGGCUACCAGGGACCUUCUGAGCAGAAUUUCCAGUGGUCUGUUUACCUGCCCUCUGCCCCAGAGCGUGAGGUCCAGAUCGUCAGCACUGUGGACGCUUCAUUCCCUUACGCCAUCUAUACCCAGCGUGUCCGCACUGGGAAGAUCUAUGUGGAGAGAGUCCAGGGAAACUUGGCCUUCUUGCACAUCACUGAUCUUCAGGCCCGGGAUGCUGGGGAAUAUGAAUGCCACACACCCAACACAGACGAGCGGUACUUCGGGAGUUACAGUGCCAAGAUGAACCUUGUGGUGAUCCCAGACUCUCUGCAGACCACCGCCAUGCCCCAGACUCUGCACAAAGUGGAGCAGGACCCUCUGGAGCUCACUUGUGAGGUGGCCACGGAGACGUUCCAGCACAGCCACCUGUCGGUGGCCUGGCUCCGGCAGAGUGACAGCGAGAAGCUCGUGGAGGUCAUUUCCCUGAGCCGAGAUUUCGUGCUUCACUCCAGCAACGAAUAUGCCCAGAGGCAGAGCCUUGGGGAGGUGCGGCUGGACAAGCUGGGGAGCACCACCUUCCGUCUCAUCGUCUUCCACCUGCAGCCUUCUGACCAGGGCGAGUUCUUCUGUGAGGCUGCUGAGUGGAUCCAGGAUCCCGAUGGCUCGUGGUAUGCCAUGACCCGAAAGCGAUCUGAAGGAACCAUGGUCAACGUCCAGCCCACUGACAAAGAGUUCACCGUGAGGCUGGAGACAGAAAAGCGACUGUAUACGGUGGGUGAGCCGGUGGAGUUCCGAUGUAUCCUGGAGGCUCAGAAUGUUCCUGACCGUUACUUUGCUGUCUCCUGGGCCUUCAACAGCUCACUCAUUGCCAGCAUGGGGCCAAACGCAGUGCCGGUCCUCAACAGUGAAUUUGCCCAUCGAGAAGCCAGGGGCCAGCUUAAAGUGGCCAAAGAGAGCGACAAUGUCUUUGUGCUGAAGAUCUACCACCUCCGCCAGGAAGACAGCGGCAAAUAUAACUGUCGCGUGACGGAGAGAGAGAAAACCGUCACUGGGGAAUUCAUCGACAAGGAGAGCAAGCGUCCCAAGAACACCCCUAUCAUAGUCCUCCCCAUCAAGAGCACCAUCUCCGUGGAGGUGGCCAGCAAUGCCAGCGUCAUCCUUGAGGGCGAGAACCUGCACUUUUCCUGCAGCAUCCGCACAGCAGGCAGGCCGCAGGGCCGCUUCUCUGUCAUCUGGCAGCUCGUGGACAGGCAAAACCGCCGCAGCAAUAUCAUGUGGCUUGACCGGGACGGCACCGUGCAGCCCGGCACGUCCUACUGGGAGCGCAGCAGCUUUGGGGGUGUCCAGAUGGAGCAGGUGCAACCCAGCUCGUUUAGUCUGGGCAUCUUCAACAGCAGGAAGGAGGAUGAGGGCCAGUAUGAAUGCCACGUGACUGAAUGGGUGCGGGCGGUGGAUGGCGAGUGGCAGAUCGUCGGGGAGCGUCGGGCCAGCACCCCCGUCUCCAUCACGGCUCUCGAAACAGGCUUCACGGUCACAGCCAUCUCCCGCACACCAGGGGUGACCUACAGCGAGUCCUUUGACUUGCAGUGCAUCAUCAAACCCCAUUACCCAGCGCGGGUCCCUGUGUCAGUGACAUGGCGGUUCCAGCCAGUGGGCACUGUUGAGUUCCAUGACCUGGUGACCUUCACCCGGGACGGAGGAGUCCAGUGGGGGGAUAGAUCCUCCAGCUUCCGAACCCGAACGGCCAUUGAGAAGGCUGAGUCCAGCAACAACGUCCGCCUGAGCAUCAGCCGAGCCAGUGAUACAGAGGCGGGCAAGUACCAGUGUGUGGCGGAGCUGUGGCGGAGGCACUACAACCACACCUGGACGCGGCUGGCCGAGAGAACCUCCAACCUGCUGGAGAUCAGGGUGCUGCAGCCAGUGACAAAGUUGCAGGUGAGCAAAUCCAAGCGGACCCUGACCCUGGUGGAAAACAGGCCCAUCCAGCUGAACUGCUCAGUCAAGUCUCAGACCAGCCAGAACUCGCACUUCGCUGUGCUCUGGUACGUCCACAAGCCCUCGGAUGCCGACGGCAAGCUCAUCCUCAAAACCACCCACAACUCGGCCUUUGAGUUUGGCACCUAUGCUGAGGAGGAGGGCCUGCGCUCCAGGCUCCAGUUUGAGAGGCAUGUGUCUGGGGGCCUGUUCAGUCUCACCAUCCAGAGAGCCGAGGUCAGUGACAGUGGCAGCUACUACUGCCACGUGGAGGAGUGGCUGCUGAGCCCCAACUAUGCCUGGUACAAGCUGGCAGAGGAGGUUUCAGGGCGCACUGAGGUCACUGUGAAGCAGCCAGAUAGCCGCCUAAAGCUCAGCCAGGCGCAGGGGAACCUAUCGGUUCUGGAGACACGGCAGGUGCAGCUGGAGUGCGUGGUGCUAAACCGCACCAGCACGGCCUCCCAGCUCAUGGUGGAGUGGUUUGUGUGGAAGCCCAACCACCCGGAGCGGGAGACUGUGGCCCACCUGAGCCGCGAGGCCACCUUCCACUAUGGAGAGCAGGCAGCCAAAAAUAACCUGAAGGAGCGGCUGCAUUUGGAGAGUCCUUCCUGUGGUGUGUACCGGCUCUUCAUCCAGAACGUGGCGGUGCAGGACAGUGGGACCUACAGCUGCCGCGUGGAGGAAUGGCUUCCCAGCCCCAGUGGCGAGUGGUAUAAACGGGCAGAGGACACUGCUGGGCAGACGGCCGUUACAGUCAUGAGACCAGAUGCUGCCCUGCAGGUGGACACAGUGGUCCCCAAUGUCACAGUGUCUGAGAAGGCAGCUUUCCAGUUGGACUGUAGCAUUGUGUCUCGCUCAAGCCAGGAUUCCCGCUUUGCUGUGGCCUGGUAUUCCCUGAGGACUAAACCUGGAGGGAACGGAGGCAGCCCUGACCUGGAAGAACAGGAGGAUGAUGGGGAGGUGGAGGAGGAAGAGGACCCAACAGAGCGGAUGCCCCUGUUGAGCGUGGGCCCAGACGCUGUCUUUGGCCCAGAGGGCAGCCCCUGGGAGGGCAGGCUUCGCUUCCAGAGGCUCUCCCCCUUGCUCUACCGGCUCACAGUGCUGCAGGCAAGCCUCCAAGACACGGGUAACUACUCCUGCCAUGUGGAGGAGUGGCUGCUCAGCCCUCAGAAGGAAUGGUACCGGCUGACAGAGGAGGAGUCGGCUCCCAUUGGCAUCCGUGUUCUGGAUUCAAGUUCCACCCUGCAGUCUGUCAUCUGCUCCAACGACGCGCUCUUCUACUUCAUCUUCUUCUACCCUUUCCCCAUCUUCGGCAUCCUCAUCAUCACCAUCCUGCUUGUACGCUUCAAGAGCCGGAACUCGAGCAAGAACUCCGACGGGAAGAAUGGGGUACCCCUGCUGUGGAUCAAGGAACCACACCUUAACUAUUCCCCCACUUGCCUGGAGCCUCCUGUGCUCAGUAUCCACCCAGGAGCCAUAGACUAAGGGGGUCCGAGGGGAUGUCGGCCAUGGAGGAGCUGAGAUGCUCCUUGCUGCCUCUUACUCUGUGAUCAGACAGCAGACGGCACCUAAAUGGUGGAGUGCUCUUGCAGAAAAUUGUCAGACUUGAGGUGCUCAGAGUCCCCAGAUCAGUCAGAGACAGACUGCCUCUAAGUGGCACUCGUGGUUGGUUAGCUGUUUCCAAGCAGAUGUCUUUAUCCUAAGGAAUUAGAUUUCUUGGUUUUGCUUUUGGUAAUGUAGUGAGUAGCACCAGGUGGCCACAUCUACUCACUGGUUUAUAUAGUAUUCGCAAAUAGAUGUUACAGGGGUUCUUAUUCUUUGUAAUGGACUCUUUUUAAAUCCCUUUGGUUUACACUUUCUGGAUUCCAUAAUGUUAUGGACGAAUUUCUCAUACAUGGAACUGAUAACAAAAGGAAGGACGUGCUUUAUAAUACAAAGGAAUCUCUUCCAAGACUUUUUGUUUUGCACACUUGAAAAUGAUACCCAUGGAUCAAAAUAUACCCAAACAUUUUUUUACUUUGUUAAUAAGACUUGAAAAUUAUGUGCAGUGUGGGCCCGUUUUGUAUCUUAUCUUUUCCCACAGCUGGAGUUGUUGGAACCACUUUGUAGUCAAGAUGAAAGCAUUGAAAAUUGCUUCAAAGAACUGUGUAUGUACAAGAGAAACCCUGCAUAGACCCCAUUAGGAGUGGAUGGUGCCCAACCAGCCUGUCUAUCAGGGAGGCAAAAAUAGGCUUUAUCCUAGCCUUGCCAAAAAAUAAGAAAACUUUGGAGAACAAGUCAAAAGCUCCAGAAUGCAUACACUUUGCAAGCUAAAGUGAGCAGAGGGCUGCUUUUAACAGCCACUGACUUUCAGAUUGAUCAAAGCCAAUGAUUAGUAAAGGAAGGGAAAAAGGCUAGCUGUUGAGGCUAGCUGUUGGCUUGAUCUGUUCUGCAAGGGCAGUCUCUAACUGGUAACUGUGAGCAAGCAGGCUUCUAUUUUUAAGGUGCUUUGUCAGAUUCUAAGGGACAGUAGCCAUUGAGCCUGGAAAGGGGACAGCACCGAGCUGGACUCCUGGGGCCCGAGCAGCCAUCAUAUAUACCGUGGGAGGGCACUGGGGCCAGCUGACAGCUAAAUUCCUUGAUGAGUGGGACAGUCAGAGGUGGGAGGGGGAUUUCCAGAGCCUGACUUUGAAGAGUGGGGAGGAAUAACUGCCUCCCAGGAGGUAUGAAGACUAGGUUUUUCUUCUUCCUUCCAAUUAGAUUUUCCUCAAAGAUACUGAUGUUUUUAUUAUUCACCAUUUUUCUCUCCCUGCAUCUCACUGCCGGAAGAAUAUCUGCCCAGAGGAGGUCCAGACAGAGCCUUCAUAAUCCUUUUGUAUUACUGAGUCUCAGCAGAAAGUGAUCACAUGCCGGUGUAGGUUUUUUACCCUUCUAUUUCUUAGCUCUCAUUUGUGGUUUUAGGUAAUUUGUUUGUUCACUGUUAUGACAGCUUUUUAUUUGCCCCUUAAAACCUACAAGGGCCAAUGUCACUCUGUCAUUUUACACUAUUGGGCAAAAUGCUUGACUCCCCUGGAGCAUCACUGGCUGCAAGGGCUUCCUUUUGACCACUCCCUGAAGAUGUUCCUAUGCCCUGCUUUCCCAUGUUUUGCUAGCCAAAAGUGCCAUCACCUUUUCCCUACAAACUUGCAUCUUGCAUCCCAAGGGAGUUCCCCAUUUGAAAACACCACAGAUUCUAGAACUAAAAUCUAACCAGAGAGACUGCUGUGAAACCCUGUUCUGAGACUGAACAGACUGCAGGGGAGGCUGUGGGAUUCCCCGGGCCUGUGGGCACUGACCCUCAUCAGGGUCUGGGGCUGUGCAGGUGGCUUGGGUGCUUGGCAAACGCUGUGCUGGGCCUUGGCGGAGGAGAAGCAAGGUGACUGCUCAGCUGUUUUCCGACAGGCUUAAUAGACCUGCCUUUUCCUCCAGACACACCAGUACACUCUGAUGAGACGGGGUGUAGGCACCGCCACCUUAAUCCUGCUGGUGCCUAAUAUGCUCAUUGUCAUAUUAUGCUGUGUCAGCGCUUUAAGGUACAGAAUCAUUCAGUUCAGUGGUGUGGGAAGAAGGCAGUCUUUUGCUCCAUUUCUUCAUUUCAGGGGUGUGGGCUUUCAGUGGGAAAUUGCUGACCCUUCAUUUAUAGACUGAGUGAGUGAGGGGAGAUGACUGACUUUUCCUUUGAAUGGAAAGAUGCCAGCAGGCUGGCUGGGACUGGGGUGUGAAACUAAGAUUUGAGUUUGAAUUGGCUCACAGCUGUGAAAAGUACGUGCUGCACAUAAUUAAAUAUGUGAAGCAGUUGGAGGAGAUGUAAAAGGAAAAACAACCGAAGCCAGUAUUUGAAUAAUUCUUUUUUCUGUGUAUUUCUUUUGGGCUUGGGGAUACCUUUAAAGGGGUGAGCUUUUCAGCUUUCUGUGAAAAUCCCUAGACCUUCUUUGGCCACUUCUAAGGAAAUGCGGUGUCAGACGAAUGGUAAUGGUGCCUCCCAGUGACUGGGAGACCUCAUUGCACAAUGCGUACCAGAGCUUGAGUUGGCUGAGACCCGGAGAGGAAAACUGCCAACUACUCUCACUUAUCUACAUACCUGAUACUGCAUUAAUGAAAAAACUACACUGUGCAAGGCCCAUUCCAGGAAAUGGAUGUGACCACACCCUCUUUCACCAGGGUGUUUCUGUAGCAAGUUUUCAUAUUCUUUUCGAACAAUGGUUUCUCUGCGUUAAUUCUUGAAGAAAAAUAGGUGGGAGAAGAAAACCACCAAUGCAUGAUGUAGAGAGCUGUUGAUUUGUUUUUAUUUGUUGUUUUUUUUAAAAGGAAAACUAUUUGUAAAAUGUUGCACUAAAAUGUUUUAUAUACACUUCAGAGACCUGUAGUAAAUUAUGUUGAAAAUAUGGCUGUUUACAUUUCCUGGA